GCAUAAUUUUGAAAAACUUGACAUUUUCUUCUAGGCUUAUUUCUGUGUUUGGAAGUACAUAACUGAGAAGUAUUGAUAUAUGAAUGGUCCAUAUCUUUUCUAUGAUAGGAGUCCCAACAGGGACGUAACGACUAGGACUCCCUUAUUCAUAAUACAGAGUGACUGCAUGUGUGAAGUUAUUAAGCCAUUGGAGUGAACCUGAAUACCAAUGAAGCAGACAGUGGAAGACAAAGUUCCUUUGCUGUCCAAUUCCGACCAACAGCAAGGGGAAGAGAUGAAAGGGCAAGGUGACAUUGAGAAGGGGGUGUUGGCAGAACCUAAAAACCCAUUCAGCCCCCUGGCUUGGAAAUCCUUGCUAGGCCUCGGUGUGUUUAUCUAUGCCUCAUAUACUAUACUAGUCCAUUUGUGUGAAGUUGAUGGCAAGUUGCCCUUCAGUACUGCAUCAAUGGUACUCUCUAUAGAAGUAUUAAAGAUAACUAUUUCAAUCACAGCAUUGUUACCUGAGAUUAAAGAAAAUGGCUUCCCGAGGCCCACAUUAAGUUAUGUAAUGUUGUUCGCUGUUCCUGCUAUACUAUAUGCACUGAAUAACAAUAUAUCAGCCCACAUGCAGCUGCAAAUGGACCCUGCUACAUACCAGGUCCUAGGGAAUCUCAAGAUAUUAUCUACAGCUUUCUUAUACAGACUGAUAAUAAAACGUCCAAUAACUGGCGUACAGUGGGUCUCAUUGGGUCUUUUAGCAACGGCUGGUAUUUGUAACAGCUAUGGGGGAUUCCAAGCGAAGGCAGAUGAGAAAUCAGCAGGGGAAAUCCACAUAACCAUGAAAGGCCUCAUUAUGAUUUCAAUCUACUGUUUUAUAUCAGGCCUAGCUGGAGUUUAUACCGAGUAUAUCCUCAAAAGACAUUAUCAGACAUCAAUCCACCUACAAAAUACAUUGUUAUAUACUUUUGGUAUUGUGUUGAAUGGAAGCGCAUUUGUCAUACAGGCAUUAACAUCAGGUGAUAAAGAUGCUGGUUUUAAUCCUUUUCAUGGCUACACAAUAUAUACAGUUCUACUUAUUAUGUCACAAGCAUUUUGCGGUCUCCUAAUGUCGGCCAUCUUUAAACACGGAAACAAUAUCACGAGGCUGUUUAUAAUUUCCUGCGCAAUGUUAGUGACGACUGUUCUAUCCAUAGUGAUAUUUGGACUUAAGCUAAACUUGUUUUUCUGUGCAUCAUUUGGGCUGGUUAUUUCAGCACUGGUGUUAUAUCACAGAACAUAAUCGGCUAUGUCAACCUAAGUGUUUCUGCGGAAGCUAAGU